AUGAAAUUUACACAAAGAAUUUUAUGUAUUAUUUCAAUCUUAAUUUUUAUUAAAUCAUAUUUAUGUCAACAUGAACAAUAUUUGAGAAUUUUAUACAAUGAUAUUAAUAAUACCGAUAUCUUAUCGUCGAAUGCUACGUUAACUCUCGACAAUGCUCUUACAGAAGAUUCAUUCAAUAGCAGUAAUUUUAUACCCGAGACGAUUAUUGAAUAUUCAUCAACAAUUGACAUACCUAAGAAAUAUAUUACUGCUGAAGAAGAUUAUACAUCAAUUGAAUCAAUUGCUUUUUCUAUUCUUACAAAUCAACAAAUAUCAAAAACAAUAACUAUUCUUGCUGGUAUUGCCAAUGAGAAUAUUAGUUAUGCAUUUAAUAUUGAAAAUGGUCGAUUGAAAUUUACUUUUUCACAAGAUAAUCUACCUGAGGUAGUAUUAACAACAAAAAAUGAUACAAAUUUAAUUAAUAAUGGACAAUGGCAUCGAUUAUAUAUUGAACGAUCAAAUAGAAAGUUGCGAUAUACUCUUGAUAAUGUUGAACAAUCAGAUAAUGAACUGUCUGAUAAAUGGCAAGAAAGAACAAAUAUUUUCAUUGGAGCACAAUUAACAAUUGUACCCGAUAGUAAUUAUAAUGGUAAAAUUGAUGAUAUUAUAGUGUCUAAUGCGAAUCGAUCUUUAAAUCUUCGUGAAGGAGAUAUUUCAGAUGAGAACUUUGAAGAUUCUAUAAUAACGACAAUUUCAUUAGCUAUAAAUCAAUCUGAAUUAAUUCAAACGAUUGCUUUUCUUCCAAAUGACAAUAAUGAAAUCAUAUUUCCAUCCCCAAUCAAAUCAUUCUUUAAAACAUUUUCAUUUUUAUUUCGUACAUAUUCAAAUCAUAGUACACUUAUACAAUUUGGCGAAAUUCAUUUAAAUAUUGAUAUUGAUGGUUAUCUAACAUUAGUCAUUCGAGAUCAAUCAGCACAAAGAAUUUUCUCAAAUGAAAAACAAAAACCAAUUAAUGAUGGAAAGCUUUAUUUCGUACAAUUAGAACUAAAUAAUCAAACUCUCAAAGCAUGGAUAAAUACAAAUAAGAAAAUUUCUAUUCAAUUUUCAACAUCAUAUUUAAUCAUUGAAAAUUUUAUAUUUGGUUUACAUAAUCAAUUUAUUGGUUGUAUAGAAAAUGUAACUUAUAACAAUGAAAUAUUCUCAUUUGAAGAUAUAUCAUUAAAUCGACAACAAUGUUUCUUGAAUGAUAUUACAAUAAAAUCCAUAUACGAUAUUUCUAUUGAUCAAAUUAUUUCAUUUAAAGAAAAUGAUCGUCCUUUAAUUAUUACUUUUGAUUAUCCUGAAGAAUUUCAUAUGUUUUCAUUGUUUUUUUCUACACAAGAAUCCAAUAGUAUUAUUUGUUCAUUAGCUGAUAGUACAUAUGAAAAUUUUAUUAUAUUAAGUAUUCGUCAUGAAUAUUUAUUCUUAACAUAUUAUAAUAAACGAAGACAACCAAUAGAAAUUUCAAUAAAUAAUUUAAUUAAUGAUAAAAAUGAACAUAAAAUAACCGUAAAAUUAAUUAAUCAAAAUUAUUUAUUAUUUGAACUUGAUGAAAAUACAAAAAUAGAAAAUGUAUUUGAUAUAUUUUAUAUAAAUACGAUUUAUAUUGGCAAAUUAGAUCAUUUUAUUAAAGAACAAUUAUCAAAUUUCAAUGGAGACGAUUUUAUUGGUUGUAUAAAAAAUGUUAUGUUAAAUAAAAAAUCAUUGAUCGAAUUAAAACAUAUUUAUCCGUUAGAUAGAUUAGCAAGUACUUGUCAAAACACUAUACGUGAACCCAAAAAUGUUAUUUCAUAUAUUUCAUCAGAUGUGAGUUUUUCUAUUCGGGAUUAUCAUGAUAUAAUUGAACUUCAAAUUCCAUCGAAUGAUGAAUUUUAUGAAUGUCAAAUAGCAAUAAAAACUCAAUCAUUAAAUGGUAUCAUAGCAUCAAUAUAUUCAAAUGAUGAUAAUUAUGGUCUUAUACUUUCUUUAAAGGAAGGAAAAUUACAAUUACACUAUUAUUUAUCACAUAAUAUGACCUUAUUAUUAAUUUUUAAUGAUAAUGAAACAAUUAAUGAUGGACAGGAACAUUAUAUUUUAAUUUUUCGUCAAUUUUCAAAUAAAAAUAUGUAUAUAAAAAUAGAUAAUCGUACAACAAAUAUAUCUAAUCUUUCAUCUUUAUCGUUAUUUUUUGAUGUUAUAACUAUUGGCGGAUCAGAUCGUAUUGUAUCUGAUAAUUUAUUUGUUGGAUGUUUUGCUAAUAUAACAUAUAAUCAUCAUCCAUUAUUACCUGAAGGCAUUGUGAAAUCUGAUCGUUAUGAUUGUUUUUGUGAUCAAGGUUCAAUAUGUGAUAGACAAAUGCCUUGUAAUAGUAUUCAACCUUUACAAUUUUGUGGUCAAACUGAUUGUUCACUAGUUUGUACAUCAUCAUUAUCGUCAUCAUCAUUAAUUCAUAUGAAUAAUAAAGGUUCACUUCGAUAUUUUACUCAAAUUGAAUCAGGACAAUAUGAACAAAUUUAUUUAAUGAUAUUUACAAUAUCAGAUAAUUCAGUUUUAUUUACAACAGAAAAUGGUUCUAUACAAGUAUCAAUUGUCAUUCAGAAUUAUUAUCCACGUUUAAUUAUUCGAAAUGGUGGAAUCAUUUAUACAUAUGAUUUUCCUGGACGUGUCAGGGGUGAUCAAUGGCAUGUUUUACAAUGUCAAAAAACAAUAAACACCAUUGAUUUAACAUUUGAUGAUGAAACGAGGCAUUAUACAUAUUUUAUUGAAUAUUUUAGUUUAUUUGGUGAUAGAAAAAUUUACUUAUGUGGAAAAAAUUUUAUUGGUUAUGUUCAAGAUAUUAUAUUCAUGGCAGAUAAUCAUCAUGAGAAUUUAAUACAUAACUCUAUACGUAAUCCGGGAUUAAUUGAUUAUGAUCCAAGUGUUCUUUGGAAUAAUCAUGCAAAUAUACCUGAACCGGAGGCUGCUCCUCCGCCAUCAUCCCAAUAUGAAACACGUUCGGGCGGUUCCAUGCCAUGUUACUUUGGCUGUUGGACACCUUGUGAGCGAAUCCAAUGUCUUAAUGGUGGUUAUUGUAUUCAACCAGCAUCUCCAACAUCUUUAGCUUAUUGUCAUUGUCCUUCACAAUAUACCGGAUAUCGCUGUGAACAAUCAGUUGAUCCAUGUUCAAAUUAUCUAUGUAAUCAUGGAAGUUGUCAAAAGGAUCGUACUAGUCAACCGUAUUGUUCAUGCUAUGAAGGUUAUGGUGGUCCACGAUGUGACACUCAAAUUGAUGCAUGUACUCGAAUAUCAUGCAAUUAUGGUACAUGCAUUAGUGAAGGGACAUCAUACAGAUGUCAAUGUCAUCAAGGUUAUGAAGGUUCAGCAUGUGAUCGACAAAUAGAUCCAUGUUCAAAUUUUGUAUGUCAUAAUGGAGGUUUAUGUCGUACACAAGAAAAUCGACCAGUGUGUCAAUGUACACUUGGUUAUCGAGGAACGAAUUGUUAUGAAAUAGAUGAUCCAUGUUCACAUUACGAUUGUUAUGGAGGUAGCUGUAAAACUGAUCACGGUUUAGCUCGUUGUAUAUGCCCAACUGGUCGCACCGGAAGUCAUUGUGAAGAUGAUAUUUGUGUAUUAUAUCCAUGUGCAAACCAUGGUCAAUGUAUACCGGAAGGUGUUUCUAGACGUUGUGUUUGUCCAUCUCCAUAUUAUGGCGAUGAUUGUCGAGAAUAUCCUCCAGCUAAUCCAUGCGAAAAUGUUUAUUGUGGUUACGGACAGUGUCGUGAAGGUGCUUGUAUAUGUUAUACAGGCUACACAGGACCAACUUGUGAAGUUCCACCUGAUCUUUGUGCUAAUAUUAAUUGUUAUCAUGGUACAUGUCAUGAAGGUCGUUGUAUAUGUUACGAAGAGUAUACAGGACCUUAUUGUGAGAUUUCAAGUACAACAACUCCAAUCAUAACAACAACCAUUAUAACAACAACAACGACAACAAAAACACUUCGAGCUCCACAGCCUAUAUUAGCAAAAACUGGUAAAUUAAUUGAUUAUGGCCGUGUAGGUGGUCCUCGUCUUGGCCCAAUUGGUUGGAUAUUAGCACUUGUUAGUGGUUUACUUUUACUGCCACUUGCACUUGCAUUUGCAGCACGUCAAUGUACAGGUGGUGGUUGUAUACCACCCGCACGCCCUAUAUCAGUACCAGUCAGCCGCAUUACAACACAACCAGGUGUUCCUUCGGCAAAGACUAUUCCGAUAGAUAUUGAAGUUAAUAAUUUAGCUGCAGCAGCCGAUGAAAUGGAAACAACACGAAUUGAACAAACACGUGAAGUUGUUAGAGAAUAUAGUGGUAUGGAUACCGCUACUGGUAUUUUUACUAAUUAUCCAACAAUGUCAUCACGUUAUGGUGACUUUGCACGUGAUAAUCAGCAACAACAAACAUCUUCAAGCUAUUCACAACAGCAUAUCAUUGAAACCGAUUAUCAUGCACCACCAGUAGCAGAUUUUGGUUAUGUUCAUGGUGGGGUAACUGAAGGAUAUCGAGAUACGGUCGAAUCAUGGGAAGGUGUUGCUGGUGGUGCUGCUGGUUAUUCAAUGAAUGCUAUGUUUGCUGAUGGUGGUUUACAAACAGAUUAUGAAUUAAGUAAUAUUACUUCAAUUAGUAUGACACCCAAUGGAAAAUAUGCUAUUGUUGGACAAAGUCAAGGACCACCACAAAUAUGGGAUGCUUUGAAUGGACAAUUGGUUUCAAGCAUGCAUGGAACAAGUACCAAUUGUAUUAAAGUUGGAUUAGCAUGUAAUGGAACACUUCUUGUUGGUUUAGCAAGUGAUGGUAUUGAUACUCAAACAAAUAUACUUCAAAUUUGGGAUGUUAACACAGGAAAACCGGUUCAGUUAACACAUCAAAUAAAAUGUGCUACAUUUACAUUAACUAAUGAUUCAAAUAAUCUUGUUAUGGCUGGUAAUCAAAAAUAUGGACGUGGAAUAUCUGUUGGUAUACUUGAUUUAAAUAAUUCAGAAUUAAUAAAAGAAAUUAAAUCAGAUACAAAUCAAUCAUAUGGUGGUACACCAACAUUUAUAGCUUUAACAUCUGAUGAACGUUAUGCUAUUGUUGGUUGUCCAAUGGGAGCAUCAACAAAUUAUGUUGUUUUUGAUAUAACAACACAACACGAAUUAGUUCAACCACCAAUGAUAACAAUCGAUUCGGAUCCAAAAUGUUCACUUGUUUUAAAUAAUGAACAAAUGUUAACAGGAACACGAAAUGGACAAGUUAUUCUUUGGAGUAUACCAUCAUGUCAACGUUUAGGUGUAUUAAAUGAUAAUGGGCAAAACGCACAUAGAGAUAGAAUUACAGAUAUAAAAUUAUCACCUGAUCGUUCAUAUUUUGUGACAUCAAGUGCAGAUGCGACGGCAAAAGUUUGGAAUUCAAAUUCAAAAGAACUUGUUUCACGAUUAGUUGGACAUAGCCGAGAAAUAACUUGUGUAUGUGUAUCAACAAAUCAAUUAGUGACCACUGGUUCAAGAGAUCAAAAUAUAUGUUUAUGGCGUAUACUAUCAGGUCAAUUAGCAUCAACAAUGCCUGUUAAUAUGACACCACUUGAUAUACAUAUGGCUGCACAUAAUCGAACAGUUGUUGCCAUUGGUGAGAAAGAUGGCGAAAGACAAUUAUUAAUGCUUCGUGUUCUAUCCACACAACGAUAA